AUGAUGAUAGGUGGUGUAGAUUUGGUUACAACUGUAAAAAAUAAGAGAAAACUAGAAAGACAAGAAAAAAGUUUAUUGCGUAACAAAGAGAUAUUUGAUCCCAACAAACCGUGUUGUUCUCGUUCGUUGCCUGAUGAUGAUGACUUGACGAUCGAAAGCACCAGUUCAAGCAAUAGCGUAGCUUCUAGUCCUUAUCAAUCGCCAAAACACGUAGCGAGACUACCAAAAACCCCACCACCACCAAAAAAAAAGAAGUUAAAUUUAUCAUCAUUAGCCCUCGCUUGCGAUCGUACUGGAGUCUCCGACAGAGCCGCUGCUAUUAUAGCUUCUUCUGUGUUAAAAGAUGUUGGCAUUAUUUCAACGAAGGAUCCAAGCGGUGUCAUUGAUCGUUCUAAGUUGCGUCGUGAAAGAACUAAAGUCAGAUCAUCUUUACAAGACGCAGAUCGUAAUAAAAUCAUACGCGGUAUUUAUUUUGAUGGCAGAAAGGAUAAGAGUUUAGUAAGUAUUAAGAAGGAAGGCAAAUUUUACAGAAAAAGAGUAACAGAAGACCAUUAUGUGAUUUUAUCGGAGCCAGGAAGUGAUUAUUUCGGGCAUGUUACGUGUGAGUUGGGAACCGCUAAAGGUAUUCAAAGUACAAUUAUACGUCACCUGAAAAUGAAAUCGGUGGAUCUGAAUAAAAUAGCUGUUGUUGGUUGCGAUGGAACUGUCGUGAACACAGGUUCCAAAGGUGGUGUUGUUCGUUUGAUGGAAGAAGAACUUAAGAAACCAUUACAGUGGUUUAUCUGCCAAUUGCAUUCAAAUGAGUUACCACUGCGACAUCUGUUAUUACAUUUGGAUGGAAAAACCACAGGGCCUAAAUGCUUUUCAGGUCCUAUCGGCUCUGAAUUACAAAAAAUGUGA